GUCUCCCUACAGAUGACUAAUGAUGCCGUGCAGCAUCCCAAAAGCAAGGAUAAACGUCUGCUGUCGGAGCUACAGUUGGUUCUGCCGUUGCAGCUGUGGCUCCCGCAUGUCGAUCAAGCAUCCGGAUCCCGCUCGCCGACGGCGGCUGCCCCACAUGCGCUUUCUCUGCCACAGCUCUGCCCUCGCUCACAAUUCCAUCAUUCGCCGCCAUGACUCUGCGCACCUCCCACCACCACCUCAUUCCUUGUAAUCGCCAUGGAGAAGAUUACGGAUAAGAUCAACGCCCUGCCCGAUGGCGCAAACUACUUCUCGCUGGAGUUCUUCCCGCCCAAGACAGCCAUGGGCUUCGCCAACCUGCAGAGCCGUCUCGAGCGCAUGUCCCAGGCCCUGCGCCCGCUCUUCGUCACCGUCACCUGGGGCGCUGGCGGAUCGACGGCAACCAAGUCGCUCGAGCUCGCCGAGAUAUGCCAGCGCCAACUGGGCCUCACCACGUGUCUGCACCUCACGUGCACCAAUAUGGACCGCGCUCUCAUCGACGAAGCCCUCGAGCAGGCCAAGGUGCUCGGCAUCCGCAACAUCCUCGCCCUGCGUGGUGACGCGCCACGGAGUGAGGAGUACCGGGACGAGGACAAGUCGCCCGAGCAGGACUCGAACAAGGACUUCACCUGGGCCAUUGACUUGGUUCGCUAUAUCCGGAAGCAGUACGGCGACUACUUCUGCGUUGGUGUCGCUGCAUACCCCGAGGGCCACUCGGACGAAAGCCACCCAGAGCACCAGAAUCCGAGCUACGACAUACCGUACCUGGUGGAGAAGACGCAGGCGGGCGCCGACUUCAUCAUGACCCAGCUGUUCUACGAUGUGGGGAAAUUCGACAGGUUUGAGACCAUGCUGCGGCAGCACGAGAGCGGCGCCUUCAAGACAAUACCAAUCAUUCCCGGCUUGAUGCCCAUCCAAAGCUACUCGAUUCUGAGGCGCACCACCAAAUUGAGCCACGCGAACCUGCCGGCAGAUCUCUUGGCGCGGCUGGAUGCGGUCAAGGCCGACGACGAGCUGGUGAAAAAGGUUGGUGUCAAGAUCCUGGGCGAGAUGGUGGAGCACAUCAAGGCACGGCGCGACGCCGCGAGACGAGGAUUCCACUUCUACACACUGAACCUCGAGAAGGCCGUGUCACAUAUCCUGGAAGACACACAUCUGAUCGGGCAGAUACCCACCGAGAAUGACGAGGAUGCGAUCGAGACAACGCCAGCUAUCAAUCUGGAACCUCCAAGCGGCGUACCUUUGAACAAGGGAAGACGCCGGCUGUCGUCGCUGAAUUCGAGUCCACACAACAAAGUCAUCCGAGAACGAUUGUCAGCAUCGAAGUCCAAUCAGUCCUACGAGACGUCCGACACAGAGGCCGGCAUCCCACGCGGACCCGUCAACACACGCGCGAACACACUGGCCAUCUCGGAGGGCGAAGGCUCACUUGGGCGUGAAGCAACAUGGGACGACUUCCCCAACGGUCGCUGGGGUGAUGCACGCUCACCUGCCUUUGGAGAGAUCGAUGGCUACGGCCCCACCCUCCACGUCUCCAACGCCUCCGCCCUCAAGCUCUGGGGUCGCCCAGAGACGCAAGACGACAUCUCUACACUCUUCAAGCGCCAUGUCGAAGGCACUCUCGAAGCUCUGCCGUGGAGCGAACAGACCCUGAGCGAGGAAACAAAAGCCAUCGCGCCGCAACUCUUCGCUCUGAACGCAAAGGGCUGGUGGACAGUAGCCUCCCAGCCUGCCGUCAACGGCAUCCGCUCGACCGACCCUGUCUUUGGCUGGGGUCCCAAGAACGGCUACGUCUUCCAGAAGCCCUUCGUUGAGUUCUUCAUUCCCUCCGCCGCAUUCGCCGAACUCAAGCCCCGCCUCGACGCUCACGAGCAGAUCACAUAUUUCGCUGGUAACGCAGCUGGCGAUUUCGAAGCAAGCCAGGAAGAUGCUGUCAACCCUGUUACAUGGGGUACGUUUGCGGGCAAGGAGAUUGUGACGCCGACGAUCAUUGAGGCCGUCAGCUUUAAGAGUUGGAGAGAUGAGGCGUUCAGUAUCUGGAAGGAGUGGCAGAGGAUCUACCCAACCAAGAGUGCCACGGGAAAGCUCUUGAGGGAGACGAGGAACGAUGUCUGGCUGGUCAAUAUCAUUUGGGGCGACUUCGUCGAGGGGAAUGGGCUGUGGGAGUUUCUGGGCGCCUCAGGGUGAGAAGAUUUCCAGCAGAGUGGGUGUUGACAGUGUUUGUGAUUGGAGUGAAUGACGUUGAAGUUGAGACUGGAUAAGUAGCUUCGAAUCGUUCAAAACGAACCAGAUAUUUCUCAAGGUUGGAGUUUUGCUCUCACUGCGAGUGCGUUAUCGCGCCACACAGCACUUCUCGCGUCAUGUGCAGCUACAGUCGAUCGACAUGGCUCGCAAGUUGACUACAUAUUGCUGAGAGCUCUACUGCUAACCACAGACAAAAUGCG